AUGAGUGCAAUUGCGCUCCCUGAGCGACUCGCCUUUGAGGACACGUCGGUGGACAGCGCCACCUUUGUGCGAGUGACGUACGACGUGGUGGCCACCUAUACGCAAGCGCGUGGAGAGGUGUGCUCCCGCCUAUCAGACGAGGCGGACGAGCUUCAUGGUGGCGCAUUUCCCGACGGCAGUCCGCGCGAGGAAGAGCAUUCGGAUGCGCUAAACGACACCAUGGAUGGCAUCAACGCCUUUAGCCUCAUCACCACACCUCAAGCGCACGCCGAGUACAAGCAGCGCUACGAUGCUCUGCGCAACAUAGGCAGCGCCAAGGACGAGGCGGACUCCCUCAGGGCUUGCUUGGGGCUGACCCUUUUGAAACAUGGCUUCUAUCGCAACACCCUCAGCGAUGGUCUGCCACUCUACAAGGCCAGCAAGCAGGGCGAGCUCAGCACCGAGGAGGAAGCAGCUACGCGUCUCAUGUGAGUCAAGUCUCUCUGUGCGCGGUGCAGUGCGCUGCCGUCGCUCUGGUUCGGCGUCUCGCAUUGGCUCUGCGGGCUGAGUCAUCUGCUGCUUCUUGGACCCCUCGCCAGCGAAUACCUUUUGGUCCCGUUGCCCCUCGCACAAGAGCGUGUGGAUGCCAUCUUGCCUGGUCAAGCUUGA